AUGGCUGGUGCGAGGAAUUGUGUGACCGACCCAGCAAGGCGGAACGGCGAGCAACACGAGCAACCCGAGGAACAUGAACUACACACAUUGAGAAGGGAGACAGCUCAAGCUGGUCCGCCACCCGAUGCUGUCCCUUCCAGGACAUCGUCGAGAGAAUCCCGCGAGCGUAAAUGGCGGACUUGGACUAGGUAUCUCUUCCCGGCGUCCAUUCAUCAUGUACCUCUCCGCGCCGCCCGAGAUCAUCUUGCCAACGAACGCGUCUUCCUGGGAUACAUCCGCACGUCGUCAGCUCUCGCCAACUUCGCUAUCACAAUUCUUCAGCUUUACAGAUUGAAGCACGAUCCAGUUCCCCCAGGCGAGUUGAGCGAUUAUAAUUUGGGGAUUCCGCUUGCGGUGGUGACACUUGUCAUCGGGUUCGCCAUCACGCUGGUCGGAGCGUGGAGAUUCUUCGCCUGCCAGAGCGCCAUGGCUCAGAGAAAGCAGAUCGUCACUAGUGGGUGGGUGGUGCUCGUCUUCAUGCCAGUAGUGGCUCUCUUGCUCCUUGCGCUCCUGAUCCUCACCAUCAUCGUCAAUACCAAUCUAUGA